AUGGCGCCUGACAUGGAGCCGCUCUUCCAGGCCUGGAGCUACUUCAGGCGGAGGAAGUUCGCGCAGUGCUCGGCGCUCUGCUCCCGGCUGCUGGAGCGGGCGCCCGGCGAGCAGGAGCCUGAUUCUGAAUACUCUGUGUUUCAGGCUGCUUGGAGCCUAAAAACACGAGCGUUGACAGAAAUGGUGUAUGUGGAUGAAAUCGAAGUGGAUCAGGAAGGAAUCGCGGAGAUGCUGCUUGAUGAAAAUGCUGUUGCUCAAGUUGCACGACCAGGAACAUCUUUGAAAGUCCCUGGAACUAGCCAAGGUGGAGGUCCCAGCCCAGCUGUUAGGCCAGUAACUCAGUCAGGAAGACCUAUUACAGGAUUUGUAAGACCCAGCACACAAAGUGGACGGCCGAGUACUAUGGAACAGGCUAUAAAAACACCUCGAACAGCUCUCACAGCUCGUCCAAUUACUAGCGCUUCUGGGAGCUACCCCAGGCUAGGAACGGCCACAAUGCUGACAAAUCCAGAUGGCCCUUUCAUAAACAUGUCUCGACUGAAUUUAGGAAAAUAUGCUCAUAAACCCAAACUGGCAAAGGCGUUGUUUGAAUAUAUUUUUCACCAUGAAAAUGACAUUAAAAAUGCUCUAGAUUUGGCAGCCCUUGCCACUGAGCAUGCACAGUUCAAGGACUGGUGGUGGAAGGUCCAAAUUGGGAAGUGCUAUUACAGGUUAGGAUUGUAUCGAGAAGCUGAAAAACAAUUUAAGUCAGCCCUCAAGCAACAGGACAUGAUUGACACAAUCUUGUAUUUGGCAAAAGUGUAUUUGCGUUUGGAUCAGCCUGUAACAGCUUUAAACCUUUUCAAGCAAGGAUUAGACCGAUUUCCUGGAGAAGUGGCUCUUCUCUGUGGGAUUGCCAGGAUCUAUGAGGAAAUGAACAAUAUCUCCUCAGCUGCAGAGUACUACAAAGAUGUGUUAAAACAGGACAACACUCACGUGGAAGCCAUUGCUUGUAUUGGCAGUAACCAUUUUUAUUCAGACCAGCCUGAGAUAGCUCUGCGGUUUUAUAGACGACUCCUGCAGAUGGGUGUUUACAACUGCCAGCUUUUUAACAAUCUUGGCCUCUGUUGCUUCUAUGCCCAGCAAUAUGAUAUGACAAUAACUUCAUUUGAACGUGCACUUUCUUUGGCUGAAAAUGAGGAGGAAACCGCGGAUGUGUGGUACAACUUGGGACAUGUGGCUGUGGGGAUAGGAGAUCUGAAUCUGGCUUACCAGUGUUUCCAGCUAACAUUAGUUAACAAUAACGACCACGCAGAGGCUUACAACAACUUGGCUGUGCUGGAAAUGAGAAAAGGCCACAUUGAGCAGGCAAGAGCUUUGCUACAGACUGCUUCAUCUUUAGCACCUCAUAUGUACGAGCCACAUUUUAAUUUUGCAACACUUUCAGAGAAGAUUGGAGAUCUUCAAAGGAGUUACACAGCUGCUCAGAAGUCAGAGGAAGCGUUUCCAGGCCACGUUGAUACACAGCAGCUCCUCAAACAGUUGAGAGAGCACUUUGCUAUGCUUUGAGGACAUAUUCUUUAUUAUGUAAAAGCAGAAUUGAUGUCUAAUACAUUUAAAACUAUAGCUUGUGGCAAAACCUGUGAGUAGCAGGAAAGUUUAAAGAUUCUUAUUUAGUUUUUAUCAACUUUAAACAUUAUCAGUUUUAGAAAUCUAGCCAGAACAUGUGUUGGAACUACAUACAAGAGAAGGCACGAGUGGCAAGAUACUGCCACGGGGACAGCUUUAAGUAGUUGCCUGGUAUGUUAGCAAGUAAGUCUCCAUUUUAUAUUAAUGAACUUCUUAAAGGAUUUGUUCUGACUUUUCUGCAGAAAAAAAUGUAUUUAGCUACUCCUGUGUGACAAUCUGUCAAGCAGCAUCGAGUAAGAAUAUUUUGUAAGUGGUCUUCAUACGUGGCUUUUGAUACCAUGUUUUCUUAC